GGUCCGAGUGUCUGAAGCCUUAACGCCAUGAGUUUAUGGGUGGACAAAUACCGGCCGACUUCUCUCGGGAAGCUCGACUAUCACAAAGAACAAGCGGCUCAACUGAAAAACCUUGUCCAGUGUGGUGACUUUCCACAUCUGCUGGUGUAUGGCCCGUCUGGAGCGGGGAAGAAGACCCGCAUCAUGUGUCUGCUGAGAGAGCUGUAUGGAGCUGGCGUGGAGAAGCUCCGCAUAGAGCACCAGACCAUUGUGGCUCCAUCAAAAAAGAAAAUCGAGAUUAAUACAAUAGCCAGUAACUAUCAUCUGGAGGUCAACCCGAGUGAUGCUGGAAAUCAGGACCGUGUGGUGAUUCAAGAGCUGAUUAAAACGGUGGCUCAGUCCCAGCAAAUCCAGUCAAGCACCCAGAGAGAGUUCAAAGUGGUGUUGCUAACAGAGGUGGACAGACUGACAAAAGAUGCUCAGCAUGCUCUGCGUCGAACAAUGGAAAAAUACAUGGGCACCUGCCGCCUCAUCCUCUGCUCUACCUCCACUUCCAAAGUCAUUGAUCCAAUCCGGAGCCGUUGUCUGGCAGUGCGAGUUCCUCUGCCGAGCCCGGAGGAGGUCUGCAGUGUCCUCACAUCUGCCUGUAAAAAGGAGGGCCUGCUGCUGCCUCCUGAGCUGGCCAAGAAAAUCAGUGAGAAGUCUGGGCGCAACCUCCGCAAAGCUCUGCUGAUGUGCGAGGCCUGCAGAGUACAGCAGUAUCCCUUCUCGGUGGAUCAAGAGGUUCCAGAAGCAGACUGGGAGGUCUACCUAAGAGAAACAGCCAAUGCCAUCGUCAGCCAGCAGAGUCCUCAGAGGUUGUUGGAGGUCCGGGCCAGGUUGUAUGAGCUCCUGACUCACUGCAUACCUCCUGACAUUAUCAUGAAGGGUCUGGUGAAGGAGCUGCUGAAUAACUGCGAUGGCCAGCUGAAGACAGAAGUGGCCCACAUGGCAGCCCACUAUGAACACAGACUGCAGCUGGGCAGCAAAGCCAUCUUCCACCUGGAGGCAUUCGUAGCCAAGUUCAUGGCAGUCUACAAGAAGUUUAUGGAAGACGGCCUGGAUGCUAUGAUGUUUUGA